GGUCACUUCCACAGCCAAUGUUUGCAGCUGAUUCCAUCCCAAGUCCCCAAAAAGCUGGUGCCAUGGCGGACGCCAGUGCCGCUGAGCAGGCGGAAGAAGGGGGCAUCCCUUUGUCACAAGCCUCUCUGCAGCAGCUGAAUGCUGUGAAGCAACAGCUGGAGCAGGAGGUCCGAAGUUUGUUGAACAAUCAAGCCGCUCUAAGAGAAGCUGAGGCGCGAUUCCAGGCUUCCAUUGAGAGCCUGAAGUCCUUAUGCCCUGAGAACAAUGGGAAGGCCAUGCUGAUUCCGCUCACGUCUUCCCUGUACAUCGACGGCCACAUGACUGAAACGAAGAAGGUGACGGUCGAUGUGGGCACGGGAUACUACAUCGAGAUGUCUGUGGAACGAGCCCACAAGUUUUGCAGCAGGAGAUGUAAGUUGCUUUCAGACAACGCCUCCAAAGUUGAAGGUGUUCUCAAGGACAAGAAGAAGAGCUUGGAGCAGUUGCAGAUCACCAUGCAGCAAAAAAUGUAUAUGCUUCAGCAGCAGCAGGAAGCUGCAAAGAGUGAGGAACGGUGAGAGGUCAGACCUUUUUUUGGGUCUGUCUGAAAAUAGGGGAUACCCCAACAAUUGCUGUUCUAUAAUGGGG